UAUUGCGCAUGCGCAAUUACACGAAGAGGUCGGACGGAACUGAUGUUAGCUGAAUAUCUGACGAUCCAAUUUGAUCUUUAAACUUAUUCUUACGACUUUAUUUAUCAUGGCUAACCGUGAACAGGCACUUAUUUUAGAACCAGCAGGUGAACUUCGUUUUAGAGGACCCUUUACAGAUGUUGUUACAGCAGAUUUAAACUUGACCAACCCAACAGAUAAAAGGAUAUGUUUCAAAGUAAAAACAACAGCACCUAAACGAUACUGUGUGCGACCGAACAGUGGAAUAUUGGAACCUAAGAAAUCAAUAGUUGUUGCAGUAAUGCUGCAGCCCUUUGAAUAUGAUCCAACUGAAAAAAACAAGCACAAAUUUAUGGUUCAGUCAAUGUUUGCUCCUGAUCAUGUGGUUGAUAACCAAGAGGUUUUGUGGAGAGAUGCACCACCUGAAAGCUUGAUGGAUACUAAAUUAAAGUGUGUUUUUGAAAUGCCUGAUGCACCACAACCAUUUGUAGCGGAAACAGUUAAACACAGUGAAGCUUCUGCACAUUAUUCAGAAAGCAAUGUUGAGGAUUCUUCUUUUGCAAGAAAGGUGGAAUCUCCUAAAAAAAUGCCUUCAGUUAAUUCUGGAGAUGAAGUUAAAAAAUUGCAACUUGAAUUAAAGAAAGUUCAGCAAGAGUUACAAAUGGUGAGAUCUGAAAAUAAUCAAUUAAAGGAGGAUGGAGCACGCCUGCGUAAAGUGGCCAUGGCUGAUACUGUUUCUGCCACUCCCUCACACCCACCUCCUUCAUCAACAAACACUGUUCAAGCCUUCCCACCAGUGGUGUAUAUCGUUGUUGCUAUUCUACUGGGCCUCCUCAUUGGGAAAUUUGUACUUUGACAUACAGGGCCUAAUGUUUUACUUACACCUCCUGUUUAUUUUUCUCUUUGAUACUUUUUAUUUUUUUAUUUUAGACCUAUCAGUGAGGUAAAUGUGUGAUCAGUUCUAGUUAGGAUACAUGAAAUUAAUCUAAUAUGCUUGUUAUGGCAAAGUCGUUGUCAAACGUCAAACAUGUUUCUGAAGAUAUUUUUAACUAAAUAUUUUUGGGCUUGAUAUGCUGCUUUCCCUGCAGAGAACCAUUGACGUUUUUUUUAUUAUUAUUAAAAUGAUAAAUAAACAAAAAUAUUGGUAGCUUAAUAAGAAAGCAAAAAAAAAAUUUAAUAUACAUUGCAAUAAUGUCUGAUAUAUAUAUAUAGUGUAUGUCUGAGUAAAAAAAAAAAGAAAUGCAUACUGUGUCUGGGUUUUAAUUUAUAAAUUUAAAGAAAAACUCAUAUGUUGAAGUUCUUUGCUUUGUCACAGUGUAUUGUAGUAAAAAGUUUUGUUUCUAAGGCAUUUAUUAUAUUUUCUUUUCUAUUUUUUUUUUUUAUAAAUUUAUUUGAUUAAUAUUUUUUUUAUAAAACUUAUUCAAGACUGUUACUGAAAAAUGUUUCAAUGGAUACUAAGAAAACACAUUGGAAGGUCCUAAAUAACAAUUUUUUUGGUUUGUUUGUUUGUGGAUGUAAGUUAACUAUUAAUGAGCGGCUUGGAAGUUCAAAAGUUAUUUCUACUAGCUUCAGUAUUCUCCCUCUCCUUUUUUUUUUACUGUGUAUUAUGUAUUAAGGAAUUAUAACCUGUAGAUUUUUUUUUUUGGGGUAUUAUUCUUGAGUUACGAGUUUAUAAAAGGAUUUCAAUCACUACAAUGUUUUAUUUAGAAUAAUUGUUGUUUUUUUUACUAUUACCUUUGUUUCAUUUGUAAUAUAUUAUAUAUAUUAAUAAUCUUGUCAACAUGUACUCUCUUGAACUUCAUCUAGCAGACACGUGUUUUUUUUUCUCCCCACAAUGCUUCCUGCACUUCAUGUUAUUGACCUGGAAACAUGUACAUAUAAAUUAUUUACUGGUAUGAACUUAUUUACUUGUGUCGGUAAAUGUCUUUGUCUGUGUCAUUUCUCAUACUAACUUACAUCUCCAUGUGUAUAUUUAGGAUAUAGUUAGUUUGCAUUGACUUAAUUCUUUUCCUAUCUUAAAUAGAAAUAUAUAUUAAAUCAAUCUUUAAAACAUAUUAUAUUAUUAAACAUCUAAAUUUCCUCCUAUUGGUAAAUGUUUGGUUGUGCCAUAAUGGAUAGUUUUCCCAUAGUCAAUUCUUUUGGAUAUUACUUUUACUAUAUCACAAUAAACAAUACUAUUUUGUAAGUGCAAUGUGGGAUGUUUCAUCUAUGCAAUAUAUAAAUGGUAGAGUUAAUUUCAAUUUCCUUAUAAGUUCAAAUUUAAUAAAUUAUUAAAGUCUAAAUUUACCUCCAGCUGUGUGUGUUUGUUUUUAUUAUAAAAUUGAAAUAAUUUCCUUUAAUAUAAGUGCAAGAAUGUAGCAGUUCAAAUAAUUUUGAGAUGAUAAUAUUAUCUACUGCUUGCAAAUUGAUAUCUUUAGACAUUGGCAAGGCAUUUUUUUUGUUUAUUCUUGUCAUCUGUUGUGAGCUUUGUAGAUACUUGCAUCAUCAGAGAAAAAAAAAAGUUCCUGUCUUGAUACAUUUGAUUAACAUCACUUGAUCUUCUUUGUUAAUCUCCCACUUCAAUUGUUUUCUUUUUCAGGUUUUACCGUCUUUAGAAUGCACAUUUAACUUCAUUGUAUGUUGUAUUAAUUCCAAAUGUCUGCAAUAGUUUAGUGUUUCCUGAAGUCAAUUUUCUUUGUCUUUUCAGUGAUCUCGAAAGUAACAACAAAUUUUUAUGAGUACAUUCUCUAUUCAUGAUGUUUAUUUGAUUUUGUCAAACAUGAAGGCUUACACUAGGUGUUGGUUUUUUUUCAACCACCCAGUCACUAGUGCUGCAGCCAGAGAGCACACUGACUAUUUAUAGUGUACAAUGUGUACAGCAUAAUCAUUAAGGAGACUAUUAGUUUAGCUACACUUUGUUCUAUGUAGAACAUGUAUCAUGGAAUAACUAAACAUUCUGUGAUUAUUUUUUUUUCUUAAAAGCUGUAACAGAUUUUUGUAAUCAUUUGACACUUUAGUUAACAUCCUUUGUAUUAGUCUGGUUCAUUUAUACAACCUAGCAAGUGCUUCAGACAGUGUUGUCAUUGUUAAUAUGCUUACUAAUAUAUUGAACAAACGAUUAGCCAACCAUUGUAUGCUUGAAUCAUUCUGUAAUUUAGAUAUUUAUUUUAUAUCAAAUGUAUUGUAGAAUUUUUGGUUAGAUAGAUUUGAAGGUGUUUGUUUUGUGGGUUGGGUUUUUUUCGUUUGUCACACACUUUACUCAAAAAAGAAAUAUUUUGAAGAACAUUGAUAGAGAAGUGUGAAAUACAUCUAGGUUUUUUUGUUUUGUUUUUGAAGACUUUAAUCCCCUUGGCAUCUGGAGUAUUUGUAUGAACAUUAACUGACCGUAUAGCAUGUUGUAUUAACGUAACUCAACCAAUCUAGUAUUGUGAUACUUCAAGAAGAGCAGACGACAAGAACGCUUGUACUUUUAAUUCAAAGAUUUUUUUGUUUGAACCUAUUGUUACAUGCCAUGUGAAGUCAUGUUUAGUGUAAGUUGAUUCUUUGGAUUAAAUUCAAAUUGUAAAACA